AUGGCUGACCAAAAUCCCGAUUUUUCCAACAAUCGACAUACGGCGGACGCCAUUGAAAGCGCCGAACAGUUUCUGAUGCUCGACGAGAAUCCCGUCGACUGCCACGACCCUUUGAUCGACGAUUUCUUGAACGACGUCCUACGGGAUCCCAAUGAGGAUACAGCCGGAGAAUACGGUGCUCGGUUUUCAGGAGCGGGUUUGGAGAGAAAUGUUAAUGGUGGUGAAAGUGGGAAUUUUCCUGAUUUCGCACGGAAUAAUUGGGCUCCGGAGAACCCGGUUCGGAUCCCGAUCUGGCCCGUCCCGCCAUCUCCUUACAGUUGCACUUGCUGCCAGACGCUCAGGGAAUUUAUUCAUACAAAUGGUGCUCAAGUGCUGAAGCUUGAUGUUCAUGGAAGAUUAGGACUAAUCAGCCAUGCCGUGCUUGAAAGAUUUAAUCGUAAUGUGCUUUAUGAGGAUCAUGAGUUCUAUAUGUUUGACUUCUGCCUUGAGAGCAUAAGCAGUGUGAAGCAAUUCCUGGUUCAGUACUGUGAAGAUCGUAAAAGAGAAGGUUAUGUAAUGUUGCAGGAUCCGUUGUCCAACUUCUACAACGCCUUGUGCAUUGGACUUAUAGAUGGCAAUGGUAGCAGUCCACAUCCCGACAUUUUCCCUCCACGGACUUCAGGAGGGGACAGGUAUAUGAACCAAGGAGAUAGUUCGAACCAACCCGAACAAGAUGGAUGUGGUGUAUCUAAAAGCUACUUAGCUUCACAGGUUAGCAAUAAGAUUCCACAGACGUAA